CCUCAAGAACGAUCUCCGCCUACAUUUCAAUCUACAAUACAUCCUCUCUUUUUCUAUUCAAAGGUUGAUUGAUUGUAGGCUUGACUGUAAUCAAGUUUCUUUAUUAUUUCUAAUUUAAUAGUGGUUUGCUUUCCACUCAUCUUUUCUCUUCACCGUCCGGUUUGAUUAACCCCUCCAAAAUUUACAACGGAAUCUACGAACAAAACCGUCGCCAUCAUGUAUGUUUAUAAGAGAGAUGGACGCAAGGAACGCGUUCAAUUCGAUAAAAUCACAGCUCGUGUGUCGAGAUUGUGUUAUGGUCUCGAUCCUGAUCACAUAGAUGCUGCUGCCAUUACCCAAAAGGUCAUUUCUGGUGUCUACCAAGGUGUCAAUACUAUUGAGCUUGACAACCUCGCCGCAGAAACUGCUGCAUAUAUGACAGUCACCCAUCCCGAUUAUGCCAUUCUAGCUGCUCGUAUUGCAGUUUCAAACCUUCACAAACAAACCAAGAAACAAUUUUCCCACGUUAUUCGCGAUUUAUACCAAUAUACAAACCCAAGAAAUGGCACAGCAUCUCCUAUGAUUAGCAAGCAAACUUACGAGUGUGUUAUGAGACAUGAAGAGGAACUCAACUCUGCUAUCGUCUAUGACCGAGAUUUCAACUACCAAUACUUCGGAUUCAAGACCCUCGAGCGAUCAUAUCUCUUACGUCUUGAUGGCAAAGUUGCAGAGCGUCCACAACAGAUGAUCAUGCGUGUUGCCGUUGGUAUUCACGGUGAUGAUAUUGAAAGUGCGAUCGAAACUUAUAACUUGAUGUCCAACAAGUACUUUACACACGCUUCACCAACACUCUUCUCUGCAGGUACUCCACAAGCACAACUUUCAUCAUGCUUCCUCAUCGAUAUGAAGGAGGACAGUAUUGAUGGUAUCUACGAUACUUUGAAGAUCUGUGCCAUGAUUUCAAAGAAUGCUGGUGGAAUUGGUCUUAACAUUCACAGAAUUCGUGCUACCGGUGCAUACAUCGCUGGUACCAACGGAAACUCCAACGGUAUUGUUCCUAUGCUCCGAGUUUUCAACAACACUGCCAGAUAUGUCGACCAAGGUGGUAACAAGCGCCCUGGUGCAUUUGCUGUGUACCUUGAGCCAUGGCAUGCGGACGUUUUCGAGUUUCUUGAUCUGCGCAAAAACCACGGCAAGGAAGAAGUUCGUGCACGCGAUCUUUUCUAUGCCUUGUGGAUUCCUGAUCUGUUCAUGAAGCGUGUUGAAAAGAACGGAGAGUGGACUUUGAUGUGCCCGAAUGAGUGCCCUGGUUUGGCAGAUGUGUAUGGCGAGGAGUUCGAGGCUCUCUACGAAGGUUAUGAGAAGGCAGGCAAGGGUCGCAAGACUAUCAAGGCACAAAAGCUUUGGUACUCUAUUCUUGAGGCUCAAACCGAGACCGGAAACCCUUUCAUGCUUUACAAAGAUGCAUGCAACAAGAAGAGCAACCAAAAGAACCUCGGUACUAUUCGCAGUUCCAACUUGUGCACAGAGAUUGUCGAGUACUCUGCACCGGAUGAGGUUGCUUGCUGUAACUUGGCUUCCAUCGCUUUACCAACCUUUGUCAACAUGAAUGAGGGAACUUAUGAUUUCCAGAAGCUCCACGAGGUUGUUCAAGUUGUUGUUAGAAACUUAAACAAGAUCAUUGAUAUCAACUACUAUCCCGUUCCAGAAGCUAGAAAAAGCAAUUUCCGUCACCGACCUAUUGCUGUUGGUGUUCAAGGUCUUGCUGAUGCUUUCUUGGCCCUUCGUCUUCCAUUUGACUCUCCAGAAGCCAAGCAUCUCAACAUUCAAAUUUUCGAGACCAUCUACCACGCUGCCUUGACCUCAUCCGUUGAGAUUGCAAAGGAACUUGGCCCAUACGAAACUUACCAAGGCUCCCCAGUCUCCAAGGGUGAACUCCAAUAUGACAUGUGGGGUGUUACACCUACUGACUUGUGGGAUUGGGAUUCUUUGAAGCAAUCCAUCAAGCAACACGGAGUUCGCAACUCGCUUCUCGUUGCACCUAUGCCAACUGCCAGUACUUCCCAAAUUCUUGGCUUCAAUGAAUGUUUCGAGCCAUACACUUCGAACAUCUAUUCCCGUCGUGUUCUUGCUGGAGAGUUCCAAGUCGUCAACCCAUGGCUCCUCAAGGACCUCGUCGAUAUGGGUCUCUGGUCCGACAACAUGAAGAACCGUAUUAUCGCUGAUGGUGGAUCUAUUCAAAACAUCCCCAACAUUCCAGCUGAUAUUAAGGCCCUUUACAAGACCGUUUGGGAAAUUUCUCAACGAACAAUCGUCCAAAUGGCUGCUGAUCGUGGUGCGUUUAUCGAUCAAUCUCAAUCAAUGAACAUUCACAUGAAGGAUCCUACAAUGGGCAAGAUCACAUCUAUGCACUUUGCUGGCUGGAAAUUGGGCUUGAAGACCGGAAUGUACUAUUUACGUACUAUGGCUGCUUCAGCACCCAUUCAAUUCACCGUCGAUCAAGAAGCUCUCCUUGUAGCUGACACCAAUGUCGCUCGUGAACGUACCUUGAAGAAGCGCACUUUACCAACUUCUGGUUAUGUCUCUAGCGCUUCGUCGAUCAACGGCGGUGGCCCAAGACCUAUGUACGCUGGUAAAUCCGCACAAUCCAUCGGUGCACCAAAGGAUGUACCAACACCAAGCAUUACACCUCCACCUGCAUCUAGCAAGGAAAUUCACACUCCAGUUGCUAAGACUCCUUUCAAGGCUGAUGUAGAAGAGGGUGAUAGUCCAAAAGCACUCGCUACUGAGCCUACAGAUGCAGUUCCUAAGGAGGAAGAAUUGCUUGAGUCAAGUGUUGAGAAGAAGACCCAAGAUGAGGAUCAAGGCAAGGACAGCACCGAUAGAGAGUAUGACAUCUAUGCUGAUGCCAAGUUGCAAUGCAGCAUUGACAACAAAGAAGAAUGUAUGAUGUGCAGUGGAUAGAGUAUGUUAGAUGAGAGAUGAGUAAAGCUCACGCUUUGGUGCUUUUGGUUUUUGGGGAAAGGGGUAACAAGGCGUUGAUUUAUUGAUUGAUUGUCAUUUUUCACGGGAAUGGCAGGAUGGAUGGAUGGAUAAACAAUAUGGUUAUUAUGUAGGUACGAUAUCGAUGUUGUAUGAAUAAUUGAGGAUACGGGGGGAAGAAAUUAGUCUUCAGGAACAUGUGCAAUUAUGGGAAGUUAAUUAGUACUUUAGUCUAGAUAGUUCAUUGCAAUGAUGUUUUUAUAAAUCA